AUGUACAAUAACUUCUUCGAACCCCUUUUUGAGAAAACUGAUGUUAAUAUUAUCAGUAAUAAAAUUUUAUUUGAUAUUGGUGAGUAUAUUGGAGAGCAAUCAGAUGAAAAUUUCAAGAAUCUCUAGAGUACCCUCACAUUGCUGAAUUAUUGCCUAGACAUCAAGCCACUUGCUUAAGAAUUAUUCAAUAACUAAAAUUUAAAAACUAAGUUAGAAUUAGCCAAGGUUAGGAUACCUCAAUUAGAUUAAAUAAUUAAAUAGAUUUUAGAUAAGAUAUAAUUAAAUGAUUAAGAAGAACAAUCAAAAUUUGACAUGUCUAUAAUAACAAAAAUAAUUGAUCUUAAAAAUGAAUACUUAUAAUAAUAUUUGAGGAUCUUCAGAAUUUACAUUCUCUAUAAUGAUUAAUUGCAAUAAGUAUUAAGUUUGGAUGAUGAAGCAACAGAGAUAUAAUUAACUGAUUGGUUAUAACAAAUGAUCACAAUAUUGGCCUAAUCAAAUUAGGAAAAUAGGGACAGAAUUUUGGAUAUUAUAACUUAUUUAAUUAGACAAUAAUUAGAAUUGAUUAAGUUGUUGUUCAAGUUGGAUAUUUUACCAACAAUAUUGUCAUUUUUGGAAUAAGGAUAAUCAAUUGUCAGAUGUCUUGUUUUAUUAAGAGAUAUGCUCGAAUAUAAUUAGUUGUUUCUCUAAUAAAUUAAUAAUUAAGAAAUUAUAGGAUAAAUUAAAGAUCUUGCCUCUAAAAAAAAGGAUUAAAAAUCAGUUUUAAUAUUAAUUUCUUAGAUUUUAAAUGCUCUUAAUUACUAAACUGAAUAAGAAUAAAUAGCAUUUCAAGUUAACGAAGAUUCAAAUUCUGAAGAUAUCACUUAAACAAUUGAAUAAAUUACUCUAUAAGCAAUAUGUGGUCAACUUUAAUACAGCAGUUAACUAUUUGAUUAAUUACUAUUUGCUAUUUAGAACAUCACUUUAAGUGAGCAAACUCUUCUUUCAUUGAAUUACAUCUUUGAAAAAAUGAUUCAUGAGUUAAAUCAAACUUAAGUUAAGCUUUUAGUAAAUGUAAUUGUGAAUUUAUUGACCUAAAAAUUAGAAUCCUAGUUAUAUAUUACCUAAAAAGUGUAUUUGGUAUACAUACAUUUAUUAGUUGAAAUAAAUUAAUAAUUUAGAUCAUUUAUAUAGAUUGAAUAAAUUCAAAUUUUGAAAUAAUAUCAUUCAGAUGAUGUUAAAAUAAUGAGAUAACUAGAUGAAAUAUCUCGGUUUAACAAUAAAGUAUACAAAAAAUUCAAGGAUUCAAGUUUAAUCUAAUAAUCAGGAUUUAUGACAUCCUCUAUAAGAUAAUCAAUAAAAAGUUAAGACUCGUAAUCAUCUGAGGGAAAGGAUAUUGAAACUGUUUUAGAUUAAAUUAUUUAUGUUAAUCUAAAAUAAGGAAAAUUAGAAAAAAUAAUAUCUUGUUUAUCUGAUAUCUAUCAAAUAACUAAAGACAACCCAGAAAUUCUUUAUAAAUACCAAAAUGAUAUAAUAGAGCUUUACUUAUAAUAUCCAACCAUUAAAAUUAUUUAAAAUUACACGAAAAUGAUACUGUCCUAAUUGGAUUAUAAAUCCUUGAUUUUUAAUUUUUUUGAAGAUAUGGAAUAGUAUGACACUCAACAACAAUUAAAAUUUUUAGCUGCCUUUUCAUUAUUUUAAUAAUAAUUUGAAUAAUAUCAUAAAACAAUUAUGAAAUAAAUCACAAAUUGGAUUUUGAUAAGAAUUGAUUAAAGCCAUAUCAAAUCAUUAUUGGUUAUUUGUUUAAAUUUAAAUCUUAAUUAAAGACAAUUAACAAAUUAUUUUUUGAAAUAAUUAAAUAAAUAUGAGGAUAUUCAACUCGAUAUCCUUCUUUAUUCAGUUUUAGCAAACUAAUAAAAAAUUAUGGAAAAUGAAUUAUUAAUUCAACUGAUUCAAUAAUAUGAACAGAAUGUUCGUUAUGAUAUUUCCAUUGAGAAUAUUUCAUCAGGAAAUUUACUCAGAUAUAAAAGUUUGGGUGAAUUAGUAACAAUAACAAAAGAUUUUGAUUUGAUUAAAUAGUUUAAUAAAUCCUUUAAUAUUGAUGUAUAAGAGAUCACAUAUAUGUAAUGCUUAAUUCUAUGUGAUUAAUUGCAUUUCUAAUUGGGAUUGAAUACAUUAAAUGAAUAGUAGCUUCUAGAAGUUAUAGAUGAAACAAAAGUGAUAUAAUUAUUAGAAAAGAUCUUAUAAGAAAGUUAAUAGGAAAAUAAUUAUGAUGUAACUUCACAAUCAAAAUUAUUAUAAUUAUUCUUAUUAUAGGCUUUUGAAGAUGUUGAAAUAUUUAUAAAAUAAGAGAUUUUAAAACCUUAACUGCAGGAGAAAUAAUUCAUUUAGCAAUUUUAGCAAAGCUUGGCUUAAUAACUCCAAAGAGUUUUGAAUUAGAAAUAAUUAAAGGAUGAAUAAUUAACAUUAAAAUAUCUAGCAAUACUAUCAAUCAUAGCUGAAUAAAAUGAUCUAUUACAGAAUCUUGACUUCAAAUCUUUAAUUUAAAUUCUGCAAAAACUUCUUACUUACCUAAAAGAAGAUAAUAUCUCUAUACAAUUGUUUGAAACAAUCCUUAAUUUGUUCAAAACUUUAUUUUAAUGGAACAAAGCAAAAACUUAUUAUAAAAUUACUUUUUUAAAAGAAAACAUUUUUCUAGAUAUUGGAUUGAAAUAUCAUUAACAUAAGGAAGUUAUCAAAUAAAUUUUAGUGUUAUUAGUAGGAUAGGAGUAAUAUGAACAAUAAUAUGCUCAAAAAUUAGAAUAGACAAAAACAAAAUAAGGAGAAAAUUAAAUAAAAGAAGAAUAAAAUUUAUUUUAAGAUCUAGCAAGUUAAUAUAUAAACGAUAUUCUCUCCCAGACAAUUACUAAAUAAAAAUAAGAGUUAGAAACCUAAUAAUAAGAAGUCGAAAGUUAAAAUUAAUAAUACUAACAAUAAGAGUAAUAAUAAUAACAAUAAUAAUAAUAAUAAUAACAAUAAAAAUAAUAAAAAAAAUCAUCAUCUUCAUCAAGUAGCUCAAGUUCCAAAUCUUCAGAGGAUGAAAAGAAAGUAAACUAAAUUGAGGCAGCAAUUGUUUUUAAUGAAGAAAAAGCUGAAAUAAAAGUGUAAUUAGAAUAGAAAAGACAUUCAAGUAGUUCAUCAAGCAAAUCUUAAGGUGAGUAAAUUAAGACAAAUUUUGUGAUUGAUAAGAACUUUGAAGAAGAUUAAUUCCAUACCUAAGUACAUUAAGAAGUUAAAGUAGAAUAAUAGAACUCAGAUGGUUCAUCAAGUUCUGAAGAAUUAAAUAGAAAACAGAAAAUCGUCAUUGCUGCUGCUGUUCAUCAUAAAAUAAAGGAUAACAGAAAAAAUAAAAGUAGUUCAUCUUCAUCGAUAUCAAGUUCAAAGGAAGAAAAAUAAUUAGAAUUUAAAUUAUAAGCAAAUGAAAAUCAAUUUAAGGUUGAAAUAGGAAAUGAGGAGACUCAAGUUCAAGCUGCUUUAGAAAUACCAAGAAUAUAGGAAGUUGUUUAAAUUGAACAGGAGAAAGAAGAAAAUGAAGAAUCUCGAUAACCAAGUUAUUUAAAGUAGAUGAUGGCGUAAUAAGAAGAAGUGUCAAGAAUUUAGGAUAAAUAAGUUGAUACUAAAUUAAAAUUAAAGUAACUUAAAGAAAAGAAAUAACAAUUAGAACAAGCAAAAUUAAAAAAAUAAGAGGAUGAUAGGAUCAGAUUAGAAUUAGAAGAGAAAAAUAAACAAGAGGAAUUAGAGAAAUAAAGAUUAUAGUAACUUGAGAAAAUACGAUUAGAUUAGGAGGAAUAAGAAAGAUAAGAGUUAGAGGAAUAAAUAAGACAAUAAUAGAUUCAAAAGAUAGCAUUAGAAUAAGAAGAGAAAAUCAGAUAAGAAUAAGAAGAGAAAAUCAGGUAGGAAAAAGAGGAAUUGUUAAGAAUUGCUCUUUUUGAAAGACUCAAGAGGGAAGAAGAGGAAAGAAAGAGAGAAAUUGAAAGAUAAGAAGAAGAGGAAAGAGAUAGAUAAGAAGAGCUUAUUAGAAUUUAAAAGUUGGAAUAAAUAAGAUUAUAAUAAGAAGAAGUUGAAAGAAAGAAGAAGGAGGAAUAGGAAUUGUAUAAUAAAUAAUAAAGAGAAUUAGAAAUAAUAAGAGAAGCUGAAUAAGCAAGAGAAUAAGCAUAAGCAUAAUUGAAAUUAGAUAUUAAAGUUGAAAAUUAAGGAGAUCACUAAUCUGGUAGAAUUGCUUUUGAAGUAAAUGAGAAUAAAUUUUCAACUUAAAUCUAAGAAUCAAAUAAUCCAGAAUAAUCUAAAAAUACACUAUCAUAUUAUUAUGGAUUACCACCUUCAAAUAAUUAAGAAGCUCCCUAAUUACGUUAAGAAGAUUUACGCUUAAAGGCAUCAAUUAUGUCUUAAUAAAACUAUGGAUAAUAAUAAAAUUACGGAAAUCAAAUAUCCUAUCAAGGAUUACAAUUAGAUUAAUAAAUAAACUUUGAGAAACAAGAAUUAUAAAUUAAAUAUGAUCCAGGCAAUAUUUUAUUUUCUUAAAAUGAAUAAAAAAUACUAGAAAUAAAGGAUGACGAAUUAUUAUUAUCUUCUUAGUUGAUAAAAUAAGCAGCAUUAAAAUAAGAACGAAAAAAUGAAUUUUACCAACCUUAAACUAAUACAAUAAAUUUUGUUUCAAAACAAGAAUUUAGUAGUAAUGCAGAUCAAGAAGUACCUGUCACAAAUUAUCAAAUUAAUAUUAAAGAACCUACUUAUGAUGAAUAAGAAAAGCAACAUAUAACAUAAACUAUUCAUUAAGAAAUUUUACCAUAAUAAUUUUCAUAAUAAGAAAAUAUAUAACAUUAAUAAAAUGAAAUAGCAUUAGCUAAUUAAGAAUUUGAAAUAAAUUAAGAGUAAUUUAAAGUUUAAAUUCAAGAACACCCAUAGUAAACUAUUUCAACCAACAUAGAAUAAUAGCAAAUAAAUAAUUAAGAAGUAGAAAAGCAAGUCUCGGUAACAACAGCGAUUGUAACUCAUGAAAUAAACAAAUAAGUAGAAGAAAAAGUAUAAAACAAUAAAGAGAAACAGCGAAGUUCAAGCAGUUCGAGUAAAUCCUCAUCUUCUUAAGAUAAAAAAAAAGAUGAUAAACACAAAGAAAAGAAGCAUAUUGGUAUGGAAGUAGGCAAGACACUUAUUGAAGCAAAGAUAAUCGAAUAGGGAAUUAAGGCAGAAUAAUAAAAGUAAAAGGAAUAAGAUGAGAAAUUAACAAAAGCAGAACAAAAACAGAAACUAGAAGCAGAGAAAAAACAGAAAGAAAUUCUUAAAGCAUAAAAAUUAGAGGAAGAAAAAUAAAAAAAGGAGGCUGAAAAACUACAAAAAUAAGAACUUGAAAGAUAAAAAAAGGAAGCAGAGAAAUAAAAGAAAUUAGAGGCAGAGAGAUUGAAAAAAGAGGCUGAAUAAAAAAAGAAGGAAGAUGAAAGAUUAAAAAAAGAGGCUGAAAAAUAAAAGAAAGAAGCAGAAAAGUUAAAGAAAGAAUAAGAUAAAUAAAUUAAAAAAGAAGUUCAAAAAGAAGUUGUUAAGGAUUUAAUAAUAUUAGAUGCUGCUAAAAAUAUUCAUUAAGAAAAGAAAGAAGAAGAAAUGGAUUCUAAAACAAAGCUUAAAAUGCUGAAAGAGUAAAAGAAAAUUGAAGAAGAAAAGACUAAAUAAGAGGAAUUGAAGUAAGAAAGACUUGUCUAAUUAGAAAGUACUUUAAUUGUUGCUGAGGCUUAACACUAACAUUAGCAUUAAACUAAGAAGCAAAGAUCAUCAUCUUCAUCCUCCUCCUCUCAAGAAAAGUCUCAUGAUGUCAAGAAAUAAGAAAAGCAUAAUGUACAGGUUGAGGUUGUUAAGAACGAUUAAGAUAACUAAGUUAGCUAAAAUGUUUUGAAAUUUGAAAUUACAUAAACUUCAUUUGAUGAUUCAUAAAAAAAUCAAUCAACUAUAGAAUUUAAGAUCAUUAAGAUAAUUAAAAUAAUUAAUCAGUUUAAUAAGAAUUUAUCAUACAUACUCAAUAGAACACUAAUAAAAUAGAAAUUCAAUAGUAAAAUUAAUAAUUGA